GACUAGGAAACACCUGUUGUUGAUCUCCCUCUCCUCCCCACCCGCCUCCCAGGGCGCACAGGGUGCAGGUUAGGCAGGUGAGCACCUCCCCGGAAACGGAGCUGGAGCGCUCCACCUGCCGGGCUCGGAUUGGAUCCAGCUCUCCCAGGCUUCUCGAGUCAGUGGUGACAGCUGAAGCCAUGUGAGUUGGGUCCUGAAUGAGGCUUUAUCUCGGGCUCUUCGUCAUCGGCCACCGGCCACCGUCCACCAUGGCACCAGCUCCCUCGGCCAGCUGGGAUGGGACAGGCAACUGAGAGAGCCAGAGAGACGAUGGUGACUGUGCCCCGGACCGCGAGAGGAACAGGACUCCGGGCUUCCAGCUGCCAAGCAGGUGGCGGGCGGGGGCUCCAGGCCAUGACCCAUGCCCUCUAACCGCCGGUGCCCUCUGCCCUGACUCCUGCCAGACCCGGCCAUGUCGGAAGGAGAGGCUCCCGCCCCACGGGGCCGGGCGCUGCCCCCGGACGUGCUGGCGGAGCAGGUGGAGCUGUGGUGGUCCCAGGAGCCGCGGCGAUCGGCGCUCUGCUUUGCCACGGCCGUGGGCCUGGUGGCCGGCUGCGGGGCGGGCGGCGUGGCGCUGCUCGCCUCCACCAGCAGCCGCUCGGGCGAGUGGCGGCUGGCGGCGGGCACGGCGCUCUGCCUGCUGGCCCUGCUGGUGCUGGUGAAGCAGCUGAUGAGCUCGGCCGUGCAGGACAUGAACUGCGUGCGGCAGCCCCAGCACGUGGCCCUGCUGCGCAGCGGCGGCGGCGCGGACGCCCUGGUGGUGCUGCUCAGCGGCCUGGUGCUGCUGGCCGCCGGCCUGACGCUGGCCGGGCUGGCCGCCGCCCCGGCCCCCGCCCGGCCGCUCACCGCCAUGCUGUCCGUGGGCAUCGCCCUGGCCGCCGCCGGAUCGCUCCUGCUGCUGGGCCUGCUGCUGUACCAGGUGGGCGUGAGCGGGCGCUGCCCUGCCCUCCGCGCCGCUGCCCCCUCCGCCCGCGGGGACCACGGCGGCAGCAUCUUCAGCAUCUCAGGACGGCUCUCUGCCGGCCAGCGUCAGGAGACCACGUCCAGCAUCGCCAGCCUCAUCUGACCCCCCGGCCGGAGCCCUUGCCACAGCUGCUGCCUCAGCCUCCUGGACCUGUGCUGGCAUGAGAGUGCGUGCGUGCGUGUGUGUGUGUGUGUGUGUGUGUGUGUGUGUGUGUGACUAUGUGUGUGCACGACCCCAGGCCUGUCCAGCCCUUCUACGGGAAGGUGAGUGUGUGUCUUCUUGGAACCGGGUGUUGUGUCCGUGGAACUGUCAGCGGCUGCCUGUCUGCAUCGGGGGGGUCUCCAGGCAGACAAGUGUCUGGGGGCCCCCGGAGAUUCUCGGCUCGCUCCUAUUCCCAGCACCCCUCCCAGCGAGCACGCAUCGGGCGCGUCCCCCAGAGC